GUCCUGGGCCCACACUCACAAUUGGAGGAAGGAAUCCAGGAAGUUCUCAGAGCUGCUCAGACAUCUCGGAGCCUUGUCCCAAGCAGGACCAAGGCUGCAGCGCCCAGGGAUGAGUGUGCCGGGCCUGGCCCCUGGGGUGGCCCCCAGGUCAGGAGGCCAUGGCACCACUGCCGGCUCUGUCGCUUGGAGAAGCCCAGGCCCCUCCAAGUCCAGGAAGUCUUGUGCUCACAUCUUUCAGGACAGCUCUUCUUCCAGAAGUCGCCAGCGGAGUUGACCACGGUUCUUGGAAUCCAGACCAGAGGCUUAGAAAACAAUAACAGAGACCCACCGAGGUCUGAGUAGCACCAUGCGGGGUGCCCCAUGGCCCAGAAGGGCCGUGACCCAGGGCCUCAGACCAGCAUCCGCUUAGGAGACCACAAGGAGAGCGGCUGGAAGGGCAGAGUGCCUGCCACCACCAAGGGCACCCUGUUUUGGAUGGGGAGCUAGGGCUCAGCCGGUCAUCUGCCACGUGGGGCCAUGGAAACAGCAGUGAUCGGAGUGGUGGCCGUGCUGUUUGUGGUCACCGUAGCCAUCACCUGCAUCCUGUGCUGCUUCAGCUGUGACUCAAGGACCCAGGAUCCUCAGGGGGGCCCCGGCCACAGCUUUACAGUGGCCACGUUUUGCCAGGAGGCUUCUUUCUUCACGGGGCCAGGUCAUCAUGCCCAACCAGUGGUGGGUGCCCGGGACUUCUGGACCUUCAUGUGAGGCCUGACAGUCCCCAGGAUUUGUUCUGCUGGUGGGUCAGAUUCACUCGUCACCCAGCGAGCCUUCCCCGGUGUCCUACUCCUCCAAUGCUGCAUUCCUGUCCUUCCCUGCCUCUAUUCUGCAAGCUCCCCAUCCCAUCCCAUCUCACUUUGCUGUGCCCUCCAGCCUGGGAGAUCCGCAGCGGUGGGACCAGACGGAAUUCAGCUUGGACCCCUGAGAGCUCAGCCGGACCCUUCCCACAGGAUGGGGCUUAGGAGAGGCCUGAAGAGUGACUGCUGGGCAGUGUCAGAUUGCACGGUGAGCCAGCUCUUCUGAUUUACAUGGGGGACUGAGAUGUCACUGGAAUUUAUUGUAAACAGAGUGCUGGUUCACUCAGGUUACCCCGGGAUGCCUGUGACACUGGUUCUCUUGCCACCAGAAGAAACAGUGAGCUCAAGUAGACAUUUUUAUGUUUUUAUCUCCCUUCUGAUUGAGUCAUUUUGUUACUUGCAAGUGCACAUUGCAAAGAACCUGAUGCCGAGAAUUGUCUCCUGCCAGUUGCCUGAAUCAGCCCUGAGAUCCUGAAACCAAAGGGCUGCUUCCUGGGAACACAUGAUUUAUUUUAUGAUUGAAAAUGUAUACCCCUUCAUAGACGUCUCAAGAAUCAACAGAAAAGAAUCAAGGUCAAGAAUCAAGAGGAAAAAGAAAGUCACAGCAAGUACAAGAUGUUUUCUUAACAGCAACGCCAGAAAGACUUUGAAACAUACUUUGAGACUUUCUUACUAUAUUCUUAUAGGUCACUUCUAUUCUUAGAGAAUGUAAGUGACUUCCAUCACUUAGGAAUGAUAGAAAAAUCAUGAGCUUCAAGAUAAUUCCAAAUACGUUAAAAUGUUGUGUUACAUUGAGAGCAUGUAACAAAGCUCUUGUUUUCAUCACAAAUAAAGACAUGCUCAGUUUUCA